CUCAGAUGUCUUCAGUGAGAAGAGGUGAUGCUGUGGCUGGCGCGCUGCAGAAGACAAACUACAAACAAAUGCGUGGAAACUAUUUUGUCCGUUUUCACCUGUUCCACGAGGAUGAGGAAAUAACAUGCGAUGAAGUGAAGUCCGAACGGAUUUGCUUUCUUUUUUUUCAUUUUCUUCUUUGCAGCAACUUGCAAUUUUGUGAGGAAACGCCUCUCGGAGAAAUCGCAACCUGCCUGGCUCCUAAAUUGAUACUUUCCCACACGUUUGUCGAUUAGAGGAGUUUUUUUUCUCCAACUACACGCCAGGUCGAAUUUUCUUCCCCUUUUUUGCAGCGUGCUCGAUCAACGUGACGACUGAGGGUGGAAAAUAAAAGUGCCCCCCACCCCAAAGAAGAUUUCCGCGCAUGGAGCUUGAAGUGAAACUCCCAAUAUUGAUUAACUUUUGACAUUGUCUUCCUCAGAAUGGUGGUGUAAAAGCCGCCCCCCCCCCUGCAUCCAACCUGGUCAGGUGGGAGACAUUAUUGGACAUGUGAAUCCAAAAAAGGAGGACCGGUGCGCACCAGACGGAGCCACAGAGGGCUGCAACGCGCAAAAAGAAAAAAAGAAAACAACUCAACAUUCUCUACAGCCGAGCUUUGGAGCCUUUACGCGGCAGCAUUUCAACGACGUUCUUGGAGAAGAAAAUGACUUUACACGGACUGAUCAUGGCCAGAGGAUACUGAUUCUUGAUGGUGUGCACCGAGCUGGAAACCCGAGGCUGGAUUGUUCAGUAAUUCCUGGACGUCCUCUUCGCUUUUAAUGACAGUCAAGAGCUCGGCUGGGUCGCCAUGACGAGCGAGGAGUGUCCUGCGCCGCUGGGGGGCAUUUCCUCGCCAGGGCAUGGCGCCAGGGAGUACGGCUCGGCGCAGGCUGAUGACAUCAUCGAGGAAGUGGGUCCAGGUGAUGAAGCCAGCAUCGGAAGUGACCUGAGCACGCUUGUGGUGCCCUUCCCGGAGCUGGCGCCCGUGGUCUUCUUUUGCCUGAAGCAGACCACCUGCCCCCGCAGCUGGUGCAUCCGUAUGGUUUCCAGUCCAUGGUUCGAGAGGAUCAGCAUCAUGGUCAUCUUGCUCAACUGUGUGACGCUGGGAAUGUACCAACCUUGCGAGAACAUCGACUGCACCUCAGACCGCUGUCAAAUCCUCCAGGCCUUCGAUGCCUUCAUCUAUAUCUUUUUUGCACUGGAGAUGGUGGUGAAGAUGGUGGCUCUUGGAAUCUUUGGUCGUCACUGUUAUUUGGGAGAUACUUGGAACAGGCUGGACUUCUUCAUUGUCAUGGCCGGCAUGGUGGAAUACUCUCUGGACCUGCAGAACAUCAACCUGUCAGCCAUUAGGACGGUGCGAGUUCUUCGUCCCCUGAAAGCCAUCAACAGAGUGCCAAGUAUGCGUAUCCUGGUGAACCUGCUGCUGGACACUCUCCCCAUGCUGGGCAACGUUCUCCUCCUCUGCUUCUUUGUGUUCUUCAUCUUCGGAAUCAUCGGCGUGCAGCUGUGGGCAGGGCUUCUUCGGAACCGCUGUUACCUGGAGGAGAACUUCACCCUCUCUUCAGGAAUGACCCCGCCACCUCCGUACUACCGACACGAGGAGGAUGACGAGCGGCCCUUCAUCUGCUCGCUGGCAUCUGACAACGGCAUCAUGUCAUGCUCGGACGUUCCCGCCAGGCGACAAGGCGGCCAGACGUGCUGCCUGGACAAGGAAGACGCGCUCCACAGACAAGCUUUGGGUCUCAACCCCGAGCCCAUGGGGAACGGCAGCGGCGCCAGUGAUGCCGUGGGCCUGUGUAUUAACUGGCACCAGUAUUACACCCGCUGCCACACGGGAAGCAGCAACCCCCACAAAGGCGCCAUCAACUUUGACAACAUCGUCUAUGCCUGGAUUGUCAUUUUCCAGGUGAUCACUCUGGAAGGCUGGGUGGAGAUCAUGUAUUACGUCAUGGAUGCCCACUCCUUCUACAACUUCAUCUACUUCAUCUUACUCAUCAUAAUCGGUUCUUUCUUCAUGAUCAACCUUUGCCUGGUGGUCAUCGCCACUCAAUUUUCCGAGACCAAGCAGCGGGAGCACCAGCUGAUGCAGGAGCAGAGAGCGCAGUGCCUAUCCUCGUCCACGCUGGCCAGCAUGGCCGAGCCGGGCGAUUGCUACGAGGAAAUCUUCCAGCUGGUCUGCCACGUCCUCCGCAAGGCCAGGAGGAGAUCGGCGGCUCUCUACUACACGCUGAGGGGCAAGCCCCCGCCUGCUGGCGGAGGCAGGGGCAACAGGCGGACAGGUGGACUCAAUCAGAACGGAGAGAGGCAUCACUCCAGGCAUCCCAAAUGUAACGUCUCAACCUCGUCGCGUGCAAAUCCUUCCAGCCGUCUACCUUCUCGCCAACAUCUAAUGUUUGUCUCCGCAGUAACCCAGUGUCCGCAUCAAAGCAAGCAAGACCACCCGCUGGACAACUCCAUCAGCCUGGCCGUGCCUCAGAAUCCGCACGACUGCCCUUUGUGCGCUUUAGCGCCGGAAGAAGGCCCGAGGACGGCGGGAGACGGCGCCGGUGCAGAGGACGACGAGGGCGACGCCGUGGAGGAGACGGACAAGGACGAGAACCGCUUGGAGGGUGCCAGGAAAAAGAAAAGGAGCUGUUUGGGACGCUGUAAGGACGUGUGGGAUGAAAUGAGGAGAAAACUGUGGGGCAUCGUGGAGAGCAAGUAUUUCAGCAGGGGCAUUAUGAUUGCUAUUCUCAUCAACACUAUCAGUAUGGGCAUCGAACAUCACAAUCAGCCGGAGGAGCUGACCAAUGUGCUGGAGAUCUGCAACAUUGUUUUCACCAGCAUGUUCACCCUGGAGAUGAUCCUCAAGUUGACGGCUUUUGGCUUUUUUGCGUACUUGAGGAACCCGUACAACAUCUUUGACGGCAUCAUUGUCAUCAUCAGCGUGUGCGAGAUUAUCGGUCAGGCGGACGGCGGCUUGUCGGUGCUGAGGACCUUCAGGCUCCUGCGCGUCAUCAAGCUGGUCAGGUUCAUGCCCGCCCUGAGGCGUCAGUUGGUGGUUCUGAUGAAGACCAUGGAUAACGUGGCAACCUUCUGUAUGCUGCUCAUGCUCUUCAUCUUCAUCUUCAGUAUCCUGGGGAUGCACAUCUUUGGUUGCAAGUUCAGUUUGAAGACAGAUGCGGGAGACACUGUGCCUGACAGGAAAAACUUUGAUUCCCUCCUCUGGGCCAUCGUCACAGUCUUUCAGAUUCUGACUCAGGAGGACUGGAAUAUGGUGUUGUACAACGGCAUGGCUUCCACCUCACCCUGCGCCGCCCUCUACUUUGUAGCGCUGAUGACGUUCGGAAACUAUGUUCUCUUCAAUUUAUUGGUGGCCAUCUUGGUGGAAGGCUUUCAGGCUGAGGGAGAUGCAAACCGCUCUUACUCAGAUGAUGACAGGUCUUCCUGUAAUUUUGAGGAGCAGCAGGACUCUCUGCAUCUCUCAGACCCAAAGAUCUGCACGCUGACACCUAACGGACACUUGGACUUGAGCCCGCUGGCUACUAGCCUAUUUCCUGGAGAGAGGUUGAGUUUUGCACUCGGGUCGAGGAAGAACAGUGUCAUUUCUCUCGGCAGGGCCAAUCUGGAGCAGAGGGCUGCGUAUCCGGGCCGCGGUUACCACAACUGGGGUCGCCCGCUGGCCCGCCAGCAUCAGGGCCCUUGGACUCGUCGCUCCAGUUGGAACAGCCUGAUGGGUUGCCGCCCCUGCUCCUCAUCGUCUCCGUCGGCGAGUCCGGCCUUCACCUCCACCUCGGCCAGGCCUUUUUACGGCUACGGCUUAGGAGGUCUGGGAGGGGUGGUCGGGGGGAGUCUCCGGAUCCGAGGACCCCGUGCCUCCUCUUCCCCGCUCCGCCACCUCCACAGCGUCCACCCGGAUGAGGAGGAAAGCCUUCUCUCGCCUCCCGCCGUUGCGUCUCACACGCUUCAUCUUCGCCAUCCUAUCCUCCAGGGACAUUUUGUACCCAGGAGGGACCGCCGGGCUCUGUCUCUGGAGCUUCCCCAGUUGCUCCAGGUCCCGGGCGUCCCGCAUCCUCCCCCGUUGGCGCACCGCCCCGUCUCCCCCGCGGCCCUCCAGAGGAAGAGCUUCCCCGGAGGGACGCUCAUCGGUAGCGGCGGUGGCUUUGAGAGUCCCGGCGUCAUGGGAGGAGUGUACCAAGACUGUAAUGGCAAGACUCCUCUGGCACAGCUUCUUCACCCUCCUCCCAAACACCAAACCGAGCAGACGUGUAGGACAAACCACCAAAGACUGAUUUCAGAAGUCUUUCCGCAGGUGAACACACGAAACAAGGGCCAGGAAGACAUGGAUGACGAGCUGGACUAUAGCUUGUGUUUCCGCAUCCAAAAAAUGUUGGAGGCGCACAAGCCGGACUGGUGCGAGACCAGACAGGACUGGUCCGUGUUUCUCUUCUCGCCGCAGAACAAGUUCCGUCAGAUCUGCCAGUCCAUCAUCGCCCAUAAGUUGUUUGAUUACGUGGUGCUGGCCUUCAUCUUUUCCAAUUGCAUCACGGUGGCUCUCGAGAGACCCAAGAUCCUCCAGGGCAGCUUGGAAAGGGUGUUCCUCACUAUAUCCAACUACAUCUUUACUGCCAUCUUUGUGGGCGAGAUGACACUCAAGGUGGUUUCCAUGGGCCUGUACAUGGGGGAGCAGGCAUAUUUGCGGAGCAGCUGGAAUAUUCUGGACGGCUUCCUGGUUUUUGUGUCUUUAAUUGACAUUGUGGUGUCAAUGGCGGGCGGGGCCAAGAUCCUGGGUGUGCUUCGAGUGCUCCGUCUGCUCAGGACGCUACGUCCUCUCAGGGUGAUCAGCAGAGCUCCAGGUCUGAAGCUGGUGGUGGAGACCCUCAUCACCUCUCUCAAACCCAUCGGCAACAUUGUCCUCAUCUGCUGCGCUUUCUUCAUCAUCUUUGGUAUUCUCGGGGUCCAGCUGUUUAAAGGCAAGUUUUUCUACUGCUUGGGGCCUGAUGUGAAAAACAUCACCAACAAAUCCGAUUGUCUACAAGCCAACUACAAGUGGGUUCACCAUAAGUACAACUUUGACAAUUUGGGGCAGGCCCUGAUGUCCUUGUUUGUGCUGGCCUCUAAGGACGGUUGGGUCAACAUCAUGUAUCACGGUCUGGAUGCCGUCGCUGUGGACCAGCAGCCGGUGACCAACAACAACCCCUGGAUGCUGCUCUAUUUCAUCUCCUUCCUCCUCAUCGUCAGCUUCUUCGUCCUCAACAUGUUUGUCGGCGUUGUGGUGGAGAACUUUCACAAGUGCCGCCAGCACCAGGAAGUGGAGGAGGCCAAGAGGCGUGAGGAGAAACGGCAGCGGCGUAUGGAAAAAAAGAGGAGAAAAGCCCAAAAGCUUCCCUACUACGCCAGCUACAGCAACGUGCGGCUGAUGAUCCACACGCUGUGCACAAACCACUACCUGGACCUCAUCAUCACCUUCAUCAUCUGCAUCAACGUCAUCACCAUGUCCCUUGAGCACUACAAUCAACCUCGCUCUCUAGAUCUGGCUCUGAAGUACUGCAAUUAUUUCUUCACCUCCACUUUUGUGCUGGAAUCCAUCCUCAAGCUCAUCGCCUUCGGCUUCCGCCGCUUCUUCAAAGACAGGUGGAACCAGCUGGACCUUGCCAUUGUGCUUCUGUCCGUGAUGGGCAUCAUUUUGGAGGAGAUUGAGAUAAGCGCCGCGCUGCCCAUCAACCCCACUAUCAUCAGGAUCAUGAGAGUGCUGAGAAUAGCACGAGUCCUGAAGCUGCUGAAAAUGGCCACAGGAAUGCGAGCCCUGUUGGAUACGGUGGUCCAAGCCCUGCCUCAGGUGGGUAACCUGGGUCUGCUCUUCAUGCUACUGUUUUUCAUCUACGCCGCCUUAGGAGUAGAGCUUUUCGGAGAACUUGUUUGCAAUCAAGACUACCCGUGCGAGGGCAUGAGCCGUCACGCUACCUUUGAGAACUUUGGCAUGGCCUUCCUGACUUUGUUCCAAGUCUCUACGGGCGACAACUGGAAUGGCAUCAUGAAGGACACAUUGCGGGAGUGCCCACCAGAUCACGGCACUGACGUGGACUACGCCUGCAAUCCCAGCCUUCAGUUUAUCUCGCCCAUGUACUUUGUCUCCUUCGUGCUCACCGCCCAGUUCGUGCUCAUCAAUGUGGUGGUGGCCGUGCUGAUGAAGCACCUGGACGACUCCAACAAGGAGGCCCAAGAGGAGGCGGAGAUGGAUGCAGAAAUUGAGCUGGAGCUGGCCCAGGGCACCCUCUGUUGCAUGGGCGCCCCCGGUUGCGGGGGCGGAGGGGUGGAGAAAGGAGGAGUCGGCGCCGGCGCCGGAUCGGCCCCCGGUACCGAAGGAGGAGCGGGAGGGAGGAUGCGGACGGCGCCCGGCGCGCACGCCAUGCCGUACAACGCCUCUGACUCCAACCGGCCCUUGUACUCACCAGCGCAUGAAGAGAGCCAGUGGUUGGACAGCGUAUCUCUUCUGAUCAAGGAUACAUUAGAAGGGGAGAUGCUGAUGAUCGACAAUCUCUCUGGUUCUGUCUUCCACCAUUACUCGUCCCCUCUACCCAUCUGUAAAGACUGCAGGGGCCACCCACAAGAGAUCAGGAUGGCGGAGAUCGAGCAGGCUUCGCUGAAAUCAGAGCAACUCUCCGACAAGUCGUCUUCUCCCGCCCUCCCCGAUGACCUCAGCCUGGACGAGCACGCCGCCUACCAGCUGCUUGUGCGAGACACCAAGGGAAAGCGCGGCAGCGGAUCAUCCAGCUCUGAAGAGGCGACAGGAGGAGGAGGUCAGAAGGGCCACCAGACGGUUGUCCAGAGCCAGGUCCAAGGUCUAGGCCAUUUCCCCAGGACGCUCUGCAAAGUCGAGAUGGAGACCAAUUACUUCAGCCCGAGUGACCUUUCCGGCGUCAGCAGCAAGGAAAGAAAGACGGAGGGAAAAGAAGAAGCUCGCAGCGUCUCUCCGCUGCUCCCCUCGCCUGCUGACUUCUUCCACUCGACAGGAGCAGCCAUCCCGGCACCUCCCCGCAGCAGGAGCCUGAGGUUGUCCAGAGGCCUUAGAUUGACCUCCCCGGCUUCUUGGGCGGCGUUCCGUUCCCCUGGAGGCCGUAGCAAGAUCCUGUGUAGUCAGUAUCCAUCCCAUAGCGAUUCAUCGCUAGCGACCGGCAGCUCUGAAGGCAGCCUCCAGACCACCCUGGAAGAAGGCCUGAGCUUCAGCGUCUCGCCACCGCAAAACACCGACUCGCCAGCAGCUCCUUCGCCGCACGAGUGCCCGCUCCGUCGAGACGGCACCGGCGCUUCUUCCCCGGUCCAAAGCCUGAGACUGAGGCCCAGCCCGUCGGCGGCUCUCACCCUCCAGGCCACCGUCGGCCAACAGCGGAGCCAAAGCAGCGGGCGAGGUAGCACCAGCCCGGGUUUCACACGGGACGACUCCAUCGACCCUUCGGACGAGGACCUGGGCAUCGUUAUCGGCUCCUCCGUGGGCGGUUGCGGCUCCAGUCAAGCGGGAAACAGCGAACACUUGUCGGAGACGCUGAGCAGUUUGUCGCUGACCUCGCUGCUGUCGCCCGCUUCCGUGGCUUAUCCCGGAGCAGCCGUGAAAAAGUGCAAUAGCACCGGCAGCCUAGACCGAGGGGGCGGGAUGCUUUUGUCGUCCCGAGGGAGAGAGACCCGCAGGGAGAUUCUAGGUCUGGAGCUUAUGGACUCUCAGGGUUUCUUGGCCAACCCUUGGUCGGGGGUGAGGAGAGGAGACGGGGACGAAAUGGGAGACGCGUCGCCAGGGUUCCGCGGGAAAAGCUCAAGCCAAACAACAGUAGGGCCCUUUCGCAAAAACAGAUGAAACCGACUUUUUCUUCUUCCUUCGUUGGCCCUUGCACUCUUUCUCUCUCUCUCUCUCUCUCUUCCCACCAAUGAAAGAGAGGCUUGCCUGUAUUUCCAAGCCUCAUCUUCCCCACACGGCCCCCUCCCCUCUCCAAACAUUUGUGAUCAACCUAUUUUGUGCAAGUGUGCAACCAAGGGACCUGGUCUGGCUUUUGCCGCAGUGCACUCGUAGCCUGCAAAGUUGGGGCCUAAGGGCUAAAAAGGAGUCAAAGGUUGCAGGUAGCUUGUUCUACCAGCCAGAUAGAUGUUCAGGGAGGGCCUCGGCCGGGUCACGGAAUACGCAAAGGUCCACUUUAGGGACGGGAACGUUGGGUCAUUUGUUUGGCAGAGGAGGGGAGGGGAGGGGAGGAAGCGGAUCUGAUUUCCAUCUGUUCCGGCAGACGGAAACAACGGGUGCCACUCGCCUCUCUGCUGACAUCACAGGAAAGUGCGAGGUGGAGGAGAGUUCACGCUCGGCCGAGAGCGCUGCCUCAGGUAUCCGAGAGAUUGAAUGAAAUAGCGGCAAAAAGAGGAUGGCGGGCGGAUGGAUGGAUGGGAGGCGUAAGGUGAACCUUUGAGCCGGUGAGAUUUAAAGCACACGACCGUACUUCCUCUCACGGCGGGCGACUUUGAGAUGCAAUGACGAAAGGUUGCAAAGAACCUUGACUUGCAUGACGGAAAUGCAUCUAAUGGAAAUUUUUACGUAUAUACAAAUGUGUGUCCAGAUGUCAGUGUUGGGUGAUGACCAUGUGUUUUUUAUUGGCACUAUUUUUGUAGAGAAAGAGAAUUUAGGCACAUGCAAAUUGCGGGCUCCUGUUUGGAAGUCCAUUCCGAUGCGUCACGUCAAGUUUGUCCGCCAGUGGCUUCCGGUUUUCUAACAUUUUUUUUAAAAGUGUGCAAAAAAAAAUACAAAAAAAAACAAUUAAAAAUUGCUUGAAAUCGUUCCUUCCGUCAUUUCUCUUAAGUAAACGGCACGUCGUCCUUUUUAGUUGCGUGUGAUGAGUCCUAGCAGAUGAGAGCAGCCAUAUUCACUCAAGCAGAACGCCCAUGGACAUCUUGUUUUGCAAUUCUGACGCUUUUUCAGAUGAAGGAAAAUCUACCCAUCUGCUGUUGUAGCAAUGCAGCGUAACACUGAGCACAAGCGUCUUUUCAUGCAAAAUGACUUUUUGGGCCCGGCCGGGCCGCCACAUGCUGAAUCACUUCAAGCCUGAAAUGAGAUGCUAAAUUCUUUAGUUGCUAGUAUCAUACGAGAUUUUAUUUAUUUAUUUUUUUUAAAUCUAUAAUAUUGAGGUGGUGCAAGCCCCCCACCCCUCCAAGACUUGCCUCCAAGCCCUCAUGCGUGCAUGUGUUUGUUACAUGACAUCAGGUGAGACGACUGCAUUUUCCUGAUGCUUCUGUUUGUAAACUGAUGACGAAGAUGCCGAUGCCUGAGGGUUAAACGCGGAACAACCAAGGGCUGUUUUAGCUUAUCCUCCUGUCUUUUCUGAGACCAAUGUCAACGAAUAUGGCAAGAAAGGUUCAAGCCUGACCACACAGCAAUAAAUGUUCUAUGUGUAUGCCCUGA